GAAUGUGUUCGGCUGUUUCCGUCGGGGGCGGGCCCGGGCGCUCGGAAUCGCGGCGGCGGCGACUGACGCGGGGAUCCCGCGGCUUGCGGCGACGGCGGCCGCCGUGGAGCCACGGGACCAGCUCGGCUCGGCGUGACGGCGGUCGCGGCCAGGUUGGCAUCUCUAGUGGAGUAUGGUGACAGCCCUCUCUUUCGGCUCCCUCCUGAGGCACAGCUGGAAGAGCUGGCAGCCCAGGGUGCCAGUGGCCCUGUGCUACCAUCGGAUGGCAAACAUGGUGGCUGAGUGAGCUGGCAUCAAGCACCGACACCCUUCCACCAGUUGGUGAAUGGUAGGGAAGUGACAGUCGGCAGUGGUCACCAUCACAGAAUGAUGGCAGGAAGUAGGGUAUGAGUGGUCCCUAAGGUCACCUGUGACUCCUGCUGCAGAGAAAUCUGAACGCCCCCAACCCCGCAGCCCAGCCUCCCACACCCACCCUGGCCCAUGGGGCCCAGGGGGCCCCUAGUCAGUGCCCAAAGGUGACAGCAACAGAGUGGCCCCUCGCACAGCAUGGCGGGCACCGAUGGCUUCCAAUACCGCGCGCUGUACCCGUUCCGGCGCGAGCGGCCGGAGGAUCUGGAGCUGCUGCCCGGUGACCUGCUGGUGGUGAGCCGAGCAGCCCUACAGGCGCUGGGCGUGACGGAUGGCGGCGAGCGCUGCCCACAGGCUGUGGGCUGGAUGCCUGGCUUCAAUGAGCGAACACGGCAGCGGGGCGACUUCCCAGGCACCUACGUGGAAUUCCUGGGGCCCGUGUCCCUAGCCAGACUCGGCCCCCGUACCCGUGGCCCCCGCCCCCUGCCUGCCAGGCCCCGAGAUGAACCUCCAGAGCCAGGCCUCACCCUCCCCGACCUGCCCGAGCAGUUCACCCCUCCGGAUGUGGCACCCCCCAUCCUGGCGAAGCUGGUGGAGGCAAUCGAGCUUACAGGACUGGACACCGAGUGCCACUGCCGGCCUGAGCUGCCGGCGCCGCGCACAGACUGGUCCCUGAUCGACCUGGACCAGUGGGAUGCCAGUGCCCUGUCCGACGCCAUCAAGAGCUUCCUGCUGGCCCUGCCUGCACCUCUGGUUUUGCCUGAGGCUGCUGCCGAGGCACACCGGGCCCUGCGGGAUGCUCGGGGACCCCUGGGGCCGGUGCUGGAGCCCCCCACGCUGCCACUGCACCGGGCGAUCACGCUGCGCUUCCUGCUCCGGCACCUGGGCCGGGCGGCCCGACGUGCUCCUGCCCGGGGCCCCACGGUACAUGCCCUGGCCACGGCCUUUGGGCCACUCCUGCUGCGCGCACCCCCAGCCCUGGUUCCAGCCUCUGUGCAGCCGACAGGGGGCGCCCUGUCUGAGGGUACCGAGCCCAGCCCCGACUUCCCAGUGCUGCUGCUGGAGAAGCUGCUGCAGGAACAUCUGGAAGAGCAGGAGGCUGCGCCCCCAGCCUUGCCGCCGAAGCCCUCCAAGGCGAAGCCUGCAGCCCCUGUCCUAGCCAAUGGGGGCAGCGCGCCCUCCCUGCAGGAUGCGGAGUGGUACUGGGGUGACAUCUCUAGGGAGGAGGUGAACGAGAAAUUGCGAGACACACCGGAUGGGACCUUCCUGGUUCGAGAUGCAUCCAGCAAGAUCCAGGGAGAGUACACACUCACCCUCAGGAAAGGCGGCAAUAACAAACUCAUCAAGGUCUUCCACCGCGACGGCCACUACGGCUUCUCAGAGCCGCUGACCUUCCGAUCCGUGGUGGACCUCAUUACACACUACCGUCACGAGUCACUGGCCCAGUACAAUGCCAAGCUGGACACAAGGCUGCUGUACCCUGUGUCACGGCUGCAGCAGGACCAGGUGGUCAAGGAGGACAGCGUGGAGGCCGUGGGCGCCCAGCUCAAGGUCUACCACCAGCAGUACCAGGACAAGAGCCGCGAGUACGACCAGCUCUAUGAGGAGUACACACGUACCUCGCAGGAGCUGCAGAUGAAGCGCACGGCAAUCGAAGCCUUCAACGAGACGAUCAAGAUCUUCGAAGAGCAGGGCCAGACCCAGGAGAGGUGCAGCAAGGAGUAUCUGGAGCGCUUCCGGCGUGAGGGCAACGAGAAGGAGAUGCAGAGGAUCCUGCUCAACUCCGAGCGCCUCAAGUCCCGCAUCGCCGAGAUCCAUGAGAGCCGCACAAAGCUGGAGCAGGACCUGCGGGCCCAGGCCUCAGACAACCGGGAGAUCGACAAGCGCAUGAACAGCCUCAAGCCCGACCUCCUGCAGCUGCGCAAGAUCCGUGAUCAGUACCUCCUGUGGCUUACCCAGAAAGGAACCCGGCAGAAGAAGAUCAAUGAGUGGCUGGGGAUCAGAAACGAGACCGAGGACCAGUAUGCGCUGAUGAUGGAGGAUGAGGAAGACCUGCCCCACCACGAGGAGCGCACGUGGUACGUGGGCAAGAUCAACCGCACGCAGGCCGAGGGCAUGUUGAGCGGCAAGCGAGACGGCACCUUCCUCAUCCGGGAGAGCAGCCAGCGCGGCUGCUAUGCCUGCUCUGUGGUGGUGGACGGCGACACGAAGCACUGCGUCAUCUACCGCACAGCCAGCGGCUUUGGCUUUGCCGAGCCCUACAAUCUGUAUGGCUCCCUCAAGGAGCUGGUGCUGCACUACCAGCGUGCAUCCCUGGUGCAGCACAAUGAUGCGCUGCCCGUCACACUGGCGCACCCAGUGCGAGCGCCUGGGCCAGGGCCCCCGCCACCUGCUGCCCGCUGAGGCAGGGCCGCGUCGCCCGGGCAGGUCCCGCCCCGCGCGCCCCGACUUCCCCUCCGGCAGUUCCCAGGAAGCAGAAGAGCCCAAAAUACACUCGGGCCCUGCCUCUGGGGGCCACCGCCUGCUGGGCCACAAAGUCCCUGGGUCUGGAUUCCCCUGUCACACCCUCCCCCGGGCAACCUAUCCCGUUUCUAACUGCCCUGUGCCCAAGCCGCACCCAGCCAGAUUUUGUACGGUACAUUGUUAUCUGAUCGCUACGACAUAAAACUGACCAAGGUG